UCACACCACAAUGUCUGUGUAGGCUUGGAGCGCAAAGUAACAUCGGUUGUGCCGGUAAUUUGGUUUUCUGAAAAGGCCAGUAUUUUUGUUUUGUUUGUUUUUUUCUUAUUUCUUUGGUCCCGUUCACGGAGUAUGUUUUUAAACCGUCUGUUUUUUAAACGUUUUUCUAUGGAGGAACAAGGCAAUGAAAUUAUAGUUGAAAGCAAUUUCAACCAGAGGGACGCUUUUAGAGAAUCUUAACGCUUCGCUGCCCGGGGUUUCUUGAGUGAAGAUCUGGGUAGAGUUCACUUAUCUUGUUUUCACGCCUCUGAUCAAGACAUCCUUCUCCAAUUACACAUUCUAUUCACUUUGUGAAGUAGAAAAAAAAAUGGUUGGCUUUGGACCUACUGAUGUGCCUCCGACCGCUGCGGUGAAGUUCGUUGGCGCUGGAACUGCGGCCUGCAUUGCUGACCUGGUCACCUUUCCUUUGGACACAGCCAAAGUCAGGCUCCAGAUCCAAGGGGAGAGCAGCAGUGCUGAGAAAGCGAGUCGCGCGCAGGCUCUUAAGUACCGCGGCGUCUUCGGCACCAUCACCACUAUGGUGCGCACGGAGGGACCUCGGAGUCUGUACAGCGGGCUCGUUGCCGGGCUACAACGGCAGAUGAGCUUCGCCUCUGUCCGCAUCGGCCUCUACGACUCGGUCAAGCAGUUCUACACCAAGGGCUCAGAUCAUGUGGGGAUUGGCUGUCGCCUGCUGGCAGGCUGUACCACCGGGGCGAUGGCGGUCGCUGUGGCCCAACCUACAGAUGUGGUGAAGGUCCGCUUUCAGGCUCAGGUUAGCUCUUGUGAAGCUAACAAACGCUACCACGGCACCAUGGAGGCCUAUCGGACCAUUGCUAAAGAAGAGGGAUUCCGUGGCUUGUGGAAAGGAACUGGCCCAAACAUCGCCCGCAAUGCCAUUGUGAAUUGUACUGAACUGGUGACCUAUGACCUCAUUAAGGAUGCUCUUCUGAGAUCUACACCCUUGACUGAUGAUCUUCCAUGCCACUUCACAUCUGCAUUUGGUGCUGGUUUCUGCACCACGGUCAUCGCUUCUCCAGUUGAUGUUGUGAAAACAAGAUACAUGAACUCUGCCCAUGGUCAGUACAGCAGUGCCCUGAACUGUGCUGUUGCCAUGUUGACCAAAGAGGGGCCUAUGGCUUUCUACAAAGGAUUCAUGCCUUCUUUCCUGAGGCUGGGCUCCUGGAAUGUGGUGAUGUUCGUCACAUAUGAGCAGCUGAAACGUGCCAUGAUGGCAGCUCGCCAUAACUGGGCUACCCCUCUUUAAGCCUGGCUACUGCUGUUGGGGGUGCUGAUGGAUUUUUGAUUUGGCCCAUAUCUACUUAAAGCUUAAACAAACCUUUUAACAUCUGGUGUUUCUGUUUCAUUCAAGUAUAUCCUGGGGAUUAUAAAGCUUGUCUCAUCUUGAUUCCUCUGUUAGGCCUUUUAAAAUGUAAUAAAACUUUUAUUUCUCAGA